AGAAGACCACAGAGGGAGAGCUCUGAAUAUGACCUGACCCUCAGAGUAGAUAAGGCAGCCAUUGUGGGUCAAAGCCUGUGUUUGUGUGUGUUGUAUGCCUGGAAAAGGUGUGGAGAUAGAAAGGGAAUUACCUGGAUUAAAGGGAAAAAAAAGAAAAACUUCACCAAUUUCCUUUUCAGCCCGACACAAACGAUCACACACAGAGUAGCACCACCAUGAGGUCAGGCUGGUUUAAAGGAUCGCUGAUAAUCUUAAUCAUGACUUUAGCCUUGUUUUACCUGGGCUCCAUAAAGCGGGAAUUCCACCCCCAUUCAGAGAAACUACAAACAAACUACCACAAUGACUCCAUCAAAGGCCAGGGAGUGCUCAGGAAGAUGGAAAAGAUGGAAGCAGACAUCAACAGGCUGCUGAAUCUGGUGGAAAAAUAUGAGAAGAAGCAGGAGGCCGCGGGGAAGGUGGAGAUAAGGAAGGAGAGGAAGGGGGUGAGGAAGCUGUAUCCAAAUUCUUAUUUGUUCAGAAAUUGGGGUGAUGAUCUGUCAGAGGAGGAGCAGAAGGAGGCUGAGAGCUCGUUUCAGAAGUAUGGAUACAAUGCCUUCCUGAGCGACCGGCUGCCGCUGAACAGAGAGAUCCCCGACACCAGGCCCACAAGGUGUUACGACAAAAAGUAUCCUGAUGAUCUGCCCUCCCUUAGCGUUGUGUUAAUCUAUCUGGAUGAAGCUCUUUCUAUCAUCAAGAGGGCUGUCCGCAGCAUUAUCGACAAGACGCCUGCUCGGCUGCUGCGGGAAAUCAUUCUGGUGGACGAUCACAGCUCCAAUGAGGACUUGGUGGGAAAACUGGAUGAGUACAUUGACUCCAUCCAUGAGGAGAGGCCCGGCCUGUUGGGCAAAGUCCGGCACUCUGAGCAGCUGGGCCUCACUCAGGCCAGGCUGUCGGGAUGGAAGAGAGCGGUGGGAGACGUGGUGGCCAUCUUGGAUGCUCACAUAGAAGUGCAUGUGCGAUGGGCAGAGCCCCUUUUGGCUCGGAUUAAAGAGGACCGCACAGUGAUACUGACGCCAGUUUUUGACAAAGUCAACUAUGAUGACCUGACACUAACUCCCUAUGGACCCAAUGCUCAUGGCUUCGACUGGGCUCUGUGGUGCUUGUACGAGUCAUUCAGACCAGAGUGGUACGCCCUGGAGGACGACUCGCUGCCCGGCAAGAGUCCAUCCAUCAUGGGGAUUCUUGUUGCUGAUCGGAAGUUCUUUGGGGAAAUUGGAAGCCUUGACAGUGGAAUGAAAAUUUAUGGUGGGGAAAACGUGGAGCUUGGCAUCAGGGUGUGGCUAUGCGGAGGCACGGUGGAAGUAAUUCCUUGCUCAAAGAUUGCACACAUUGAACGAGCUAAAAAGCCAUAUGUGCAGGACCUGAGCGCCAUGGUGAGGCGUAACGCUCUGCGGGUGGCGGAGGUGUGGCUGGAUGAAUAUAAACACAAUGUCAACAUUGCUUGGAACCUUCCCAUAAAUAAUCAUGGAAUAGACUUUGGAGAUGUGUCGGAGAGAAAGGAGUUAAAAAAAAGCCUGAGGUGUAAGCCUUUUCAGUGGUAUCUUGAUAAUGUUUAUCCCCUGCUGGAACCUCUGCAUGACAUACUUGGGUAUGGAACUCUAAUUAAUAAUCUGAAGCCGGAUCUAUGUGUUGAUCAAGGCCCCAUGCCUGGGUACGCACCCAUCAUGUACACAUGCAAUGUCCUCUCAACUCAGCACUGUUAUUAUCGCACUGAUGGGCAACUCUACAUCGGUGGAAUUAAAUCUCACAAAUACAACGGCAACAGCUGUCUGGUUGAUCUUGGCUCUGGCGUCUUUCCUGGAGUGUACGAGUGCAAAAUAGCCCGGCACAAGAAAUUCCACAUGUUAUGGGAUUUUAAACAGGGCGGACCGAUCCAGAACAGAGGGACAAAAAGAUGUCUGGAGAUUGUGAUGGGUGAAGAUGGCUACGUCGGACUUGUUGUUGAGCAUUGCAGUGGUCAGAGCUGGAAAAUACAACAUAUCAUCUGAGAUAAAGCACACACUGUGUCAAAGGUCUGCUCCACCAGCACCAUGGACAUUGAAAUGAAUUAGUGAAGUUAUUUUAAUUUUGUCUGAAUGUUUUAUUUGCAUCACCCGUUUUGACAAAUGUCAUAUUGAAUUACAUUUAUGACAAAAAAACAUGAAGCAUCAUUGAAUAAUUACUUCAAUUCUUUGGGGGAAUCAAUGUGUACAUGUUUUGACUUACAGUCUUGAUAAUGGAAAAAUACAGGUUAAGCUCUACUUUAACUUUCCUGAAACUGAAUAAAGCUAUGUUCAUUUUCAAUGGAAAAAAAAUGGAAAAUUAUGCUUUCAGUGGAAUGGAACUUCAAGGGCCAUCAAUUA